GCCUGGCAGGACGCCGAGUGUGGAGGGUGGAGGCUUGGGCAUGGGCAGCCAGGCAUUGCGCUGUGAGGGCAGGAGGCCCGUCCCAGGGAGCUGGAGGCCAUCGGAGCGUAGAGGCAGCCCUGGAGGCAGCCGAGGUCGCACGUCAGAAGUCCAGUCGGCGGAGCCCCAUCCUGUGCACUCUCCUCCAGGUUGACGAGGAAAGCAGGUUCCAGCAUGAGGAAGCUUGUCCUGUGCAUUGCGCUACUGGCGGCCUGCACCUGCGGGCUCUUCCCUUUCAUCUCGAGAGGCAAAGAUCUCCCUUGGGGACAGACGGAGGAGCUGCGCGCGGCCAGCGCCCCGGAGCAGGGCCGGCUCCUGAUGGACAACGGCCCCCACGGCGCGGGGAGAAGAUUCCUCAACCGAAGGGAAGUAAUUUCCCCAUCACAGCUUCUGUCUCUUUCCAAACUCCCUGAGCCCACGAGCGGAGCGAUCUCCCGAGCGGAGAUCAUGGAAGCAUCCGUGCAGACAAUGACAAGAGCUUCCCCAAGACGCAAGCAAUCCCGGCUGCUCACUGGUGAGCCCCAGGGUGUCGGCUGUCAGGCGUUUGGGGAUGGCAGGGAGGGGUGGCUGCUCAUUCACAGGAUAGAGAGGUGGUUCUGUAAAUCUGUCUCCCCUGCCCAGGUCCGGGAGGUGACAAGGAGAGUCAUUCAAGCUCCCAACGAAGCGGUCACGGACGAUGGACAAUAUUCUGACCUCCUGAUGGUGUGGGGGCAAUAUAUCGGUCACGACAUCGCGUUCACACCCCAGAGUACCAGCAGAGCCGCGCUGGGCGGAGCAGCUGACUGUCAGCUGACGUGUGAGAAGCAAAGCCCUUGUUUUCCCAUACAGCUCCCCGCCAACGCCUCGCGGACGCCGGCCUGUUUGCCCUUUUCCCGCUCGUCCGCCGCCUGCGGCACGGGCGCCCAAGGAGCCUUCUUUGGCAACCUGUCCAGGGCAAACCCGCGGCAGCAGGUGAACGGAUUUACCUCCUUCCUGGACGCGUCCACCGUGUACGGCAGCUCCCCGGCCGCGGAGCGGCAGCUGCGGAACUGGACCAGCGCCGAGGGGCUGCUCCGCGUCAACGCGCGCCACCGCGACGCCGGCCGCGCGCACCUGCCCUUCGCGCCCCCGCCCGCGGCCUGCGCGCCCGAGCCCGGCGCCCGCGCGCCCCGCGCGCCCUGCUUCCUGGCCGGGGACGGCCGCGCCAGCGAGGUCCCCGCCCUGACGGCGCUGCACACGCUGUGGCUGCGCGAGCACAACCGCCUGGCCGCCGCGCUCAAGGCCCGCAACGCGCACUGGAGCGCCGACACCGCCUACCAGGAGGCGCGCAAGGUGGUGGGCGCCCUGCACCAGAUUAUUACCAUGAGGGACUACGUGCCCAAAAUCCUGGGCCCCGAGGCCUUCCAGCAGCACGUGGGCCCCUACACAGGCUAUGACCCCUCCGUGGACCCCACCGCGUCCAACGUGUUCUCCACGGCCGCGUUCCGCUUUGGCCAUGCCACGGUGCACCCGCUGGUGUGGAGGCUGGACGCCCGCUUCCAGGAGCACCCCGUGCUCCCCCCGCUGCGGCUGAAGGAUGCCUUCUUCAGCCCCUGGAGGCUGCUCAAGGAAGGGGGUGUGGACCCCCUCAUAAGGGGCCUUCUGGCGAGACCUGCCAAGCUGCAGGUGCAGGACCAGCUGAUGAGCGAGGAGCUGACGGAGAGUCUGUUCGUGCUGUCCGGCGAGGAGGCCCUGGACCUGGCAUCGCUCAACCUGCAGAGGGGCCGGGACCACGGCCUGCCAGGUCUGCCACCCUGCAGGCUCCUUCCCAAUGCUUGCGUCCACGUGCCCAGCAGCCUGGCUGGGCCAUGGGGGAUGCCGGUGGGUGGGCAGCUGACCUGUCCUGUCUGUGCAGACAUCAACGAAUGUGAGGACCCGGGGGCACCUCCCUGCCAUGCUUCGGCCCGUUGCGAGAACACCCAGGGCGGCUUCCUGUGCAAGUGCUCGGACCCCUAUGUGCUGGGAGAGGACGGCAGGACCUGUCUAGACUCUGGGAGGCUCCCGAAGGCGUCCCUGGUCUCCAUCGUGCUGGGUGCCCUGCUGGUGGGCGGCCUGGCGGGCCUCGCCUGGACAGUGAUUGGCAGAUGGUGAGUCCCGCCCCCACUGACAGGUCAUUCCCGCUCCUGUGCGCCGGCUGGGAACCAUGCUGCUUGGUUUUUCUGAAGGUGGUUCCCAGUGCCCCAGAGGCAUCUGCCUCCAGAGCCGCUUCAUGCAGCCCAUUACGCUCUGGCUCUUUCAUUACACUGUAAAUGCUAAAAGCAGGGUGGCCACCUCACACUUUAGGGGGGUUGGAUAUCUGUGGGUGGAGACCCAGUGCUGUCGGAUUCCUGCUAACAUUAAAUGAUGGUAUUGAGGUA